GUGGCAUUCCAUCAUAUUACAUAAUAAAGAUCCUUGUCCGGGCAUAAUAAAAAAAAACAAGCCAAUCAUUAGAUGGAUGGAUGUUGGAUGCAAAACGGAUGCAGAUCAGGUGGGGUGACUGUAUUUCUAUGUUUGAAAUACCAAAGGAACCAAUCAUACUUUGAGAAUAGGCAAUGACGGGCUUUUUUCAAAUGUAAUUUGACCUUCAGACAGAGUUGCUUGUUUCUAUCUCUUUUCAAUUUUCUAAAUUUUUAAUAUGGUUAGUUUGCUCGUUCAAAAGCGUUUAGCUGCUUCUGUCCUCAAGUGUGGUCAACGUAAAAUCUGGUUAGACCCCAAUGAAGUCAAUGAAAUCUCCAAUGCCAACUCCCGUGCCAAUAUCCGUAAGCUCGUUAAGGAUGGUUUGAUUAUCCGUAAGCCUCAAGUCUCUCAAUCCCGUUUCCGUGUGCUUGAACGUGCUGCUGCUAAGCGUAAUGGUCGUCACAUGGGUUAUGGUAAAAGAAAGGGUACUGCUGAUGCUCGUAUGCGUACCCAAGUCAUCUGGAUGCGUCGUAUGCGUGUCCUUCGUCGUUUGUUGGCCAAGUACAGAGAAGCUGGUAAGAUUGACAAGCACUUGUACCACUCUCUUUACCUCAAGUCUAAGGGUAAUGGCUUCAAGAACAAGCGUGUCUUGAUGGAACACAUCCAUAAGGCUAAGGCUGAAAAGGUGCGUGCCAAGACCCUUGCUGAACAAGCUGAUGUUCUCCGUGCUAAGAACAAGGCUCUUCGUGAGCGUCGUGCCAACAAGAAAUCCAACAAGGAAGAAUCUCAAUAAAAAAUUUUUUUUUUUUGUUGCCGCAGUCAAUAUGCCACAUUAUUAUCAGUUGUGUAGUUGAUCUAUAUAGACAAAAUAAGUGGAAU